CAAAAAAGCGAGAAAAGCCAACAAAACCCGUUCUCAUACAGGCAAUUCUAACGCAGCCCUCAUCCCAUUCUGAAAACGCUGCUCCAUACAAGAAGAAGAAGGAUCGGAUUUACAGUACCAACUAGAAAGUCCAGUUCGACCAUAAGAGAUGUCACAGGAGCAUGACAAUAAGCGGGCAGUGCUCGUGCUACAGAAUGACCCGGCUUACAGCCAACGGCGGCCUUUUACAAGUGAGGAUGAGGCCUGGAAGUCGUUCCUGGAGAACCCCCUCACAGCCGCCACCAAGGCCAUGAUGAGCAUCAAUGGAGAUGAGGACAGUGCCGCAGCUCUGGGUUUACUUUAUGAAUACUACAAGGUGCCACGGGAAAAGAGAACAAUAUCCCAGCCAAAGGCUGACGUCCUGGGCUCUGAUGUGGAUCCCAACAAAAGAAACUUAAUGGUCCCUCUCCAAGAGCCUUUGGCAGACAACCGAAUCCAGGGUCUGAAAGGAGUAAAUAUCAUUCUUCCAGGGAACCAGCACACCCAGGACAAGAGAGGCCUUUUCCCCUCACCCGAUACUACGGUGACAGUCUCCUUUGCGCCAAACUAUCCAGUGAAAACCGAGGGUCAAUCACAUAGAUUCUCCGUCACUGUCCCCAAUCCCCACUGUUCAGAACCAGACAGUCACACAGUGGUUUUUGACCCUCAGCUCCCCCACAACCAGUUCAGUCCAAACACACAGCCACGCACCCCAGACUCGACCUUCCCAGAGAACUCAGAUGUGUUCCCGUUCCCAAGGGAUCUCCAGCUAGGCAUGGGUCACAUCUCACAGGAGGACUAUGCCACUUUUGACACAGUGUCAGGUAACAAUUUUGAAUACACAUUAGAAGCCUCCAAGUCUCUCAGACAGAAAUCUGGUGAUGGCACAAUGACAUACCUCAACAAGGGCCAGUUCUAUCCCAUCACCCUCAGGGAAAUGGACAAUGGCAAACUGCUGCAUGGCCCCAUCUGUAAAGUCAGGAGUGUUGUGAUGGUAGUGUUUGGAGAGGAGAAAUCCAGAGAUGACCAACUCAAGCACUGGAAAUACUGGCACUCAAGACAGCACACGGCCAAGCAGAGAUGCAUUGAUAUUGCGGACUACAAAGAAAGUUUCAAUACCAUCAGCAAUAUUGAGGAGAUUUCAUAUAACGCCAUUUCAUUCACAUGGGACAUCAGCGAGGAAGCAAAGAUCUUCAUCUCAGUGAACUGUCUGAGCACAGACUUCUCCUCUCAGAAGGGAGUGAAAGGCCUACCCCUCAACCUACAGAUCGACACCUACAGCUACAACAACCGUAGUAAUAAGCCUAUCCACCGUGCUUACUGCCAGAUUAAGGUCUUCUGCGACAAGGGUGCAGAGCGCAAGAUCCGUGAUGAGGAGAGGAAACAGUCCCGAAGGAAGGGCAAAUGCCCUGACGUCAACCCUCCUUUGGGAAACUUUGGGCCAGAUGUCAAGGUUCCCCUUCUGCACAAGCGCAGCGACAUCACAAUCUUCAAGACAAUGACAGAAUUCGAGACGCAGCCUGUUCUUUUCAUCCCCGAUAUUCAUUUCUCCACUUUCCAGCGUCAUCCUUUCUCUCCUGAGGACUCAGAGGAGGGCUCAGCUAUGAAGAGAUUACCUUAUUCCGAGGAGGAGUUUGGAUCACCUCCCAAUAAGCUAGCAAGGAUGGAUGAGCCCAAAAGAGUUUUGCUGUAUGUACGUAAGGAGUCAGAUGAAGUGUUUGAUGCUCUCAUGCUGAAAACUCCCACUUUAAAAGGCCUGGUGGAAGCGAUUUCAGAGAAAUAUGAUGUUCCUCUUGAGAAGAUGGGAAAGGCCUACAAGAAAUGCAAGAAAGGGAUCUUGGUAAACAUGGACGAUAACAUCAUCAAGCACUACUCCAACGAGGACACCUUCCAGAUCCAGAUUGAGGAAAUGGGAGGAAUGUUUAAGCUCACACUGACAGAGAUUUGAAGAUCCUACAGAUUGGUUUACACAAGUCUUCCUGCUCUAUUAGGAUACAUUAGAUCCCUCAGCAAUUCUGUCAUCUUUUUAGUGUUUUCAGGUGAUCUAACACAGUAUAUGAGCCUCAAGUACUUUGUGAAUUGAGAGUGAAAUGAUGUAGAAUAUCUCUCUCAAGUGUCUCUGCCAAAUACCUUGAAGGUUUUGAGCCAUAUUUUCUAUUUUACCCGAGUAUAAGCAGAAAGCUGUCUUUUUAUCGGUUCUCAAUUGUUUUGUGAUGCUGAAAGAGGUCACAAUAACAAUAUACUAUUAUUUUUUUCUCUUUAAAGUCAUAGCACUGGAGAUGCUAAUCUCUAAAAAGGACGAAUAGGAUGUAGUGAAAUGGGUUUGGGGAAUUCGCAAUGCUUCACUGUUUUGAUAUUAAUAACCCUGAGCAGUAUUUAGUGAGUACAGUAUAUUAUCCCAUGCUCAGCAACUCUAUGAGAUGCAGUGUCACAAGCACUGUGUGUACAGUAUGUGUGUGCAUUAUAGAGGAACAACAAAAAUUCAGCUUGGUCACUUUACCAAUUUUCAGCCUCAGACUUUCCUCAAAGUCUGUCAUUCCUAAUAUGAACAAAUAAUGUCCAUACAAAUAAGGCCCUCUGAUGAAUCCUUCAGAAGGUAUUUUCAAAAUGUGAUCCAUAGGGAAUCAAAACUUUUUUUUUAUUCUAACAAAAUAACACUACAGAUUUAUAAGUACAUUAUUCUGUAUUGUUAGCAAAUGAACUGUGAUUUUGUUGAAUUUGCGAUCUGUGCUGAUGUAAUUAAUGAUUACCAAAGUUCCAACACAAUAUCAGUUUUAUAUCAAAAUCAGCCAAGUAUCUUUGAAAAAAUUUGAUUAAUCAUCAGAUUAAUAGUGUUACAUAUUGUUUAUUUGGUUACCUAUUAACCAUUAUAUGAUGCCCUAUAAAUGACCUCAGUGCACAUACUGAAACUAUAAUUCAUAUUUCACUUCUGAUUAUGCAUUUCCCUUUCUAAAAAAUGUUCUCUCUGCUUAAAUGUACAGCUUUAGAUUCAUUUUGAUCAUUUUUCUUAAUUUAACUGAUACACUGUAUAAUUUCUUUUGUAUAUAUUUAUUGACAUACUGGGAUGGGACAUACUUUUUUAUAUCUAUAAAGUUUUCUAUAUUUUAAAUGUUUAAACGGAAUCAUUCUGAAUGAUUUAUUUAUGUGAAUGGGAAUAUUUUUAGUUUGUUUUAAUGUCUGAUUUGGAUUUAAUAUGCAUAUUUAAGUGUUCUUAUACACAAAAAUAUUAUUUUCCUUCUUAACUGUUAGUCAGACAUGUUUCCUUUUUGUAUCAGAUGCACAUCUUAAGCUCCAAUAAAAGCCACUUGGGCCCUUGUAUUUUA